AAAACUAAAAGACUUCUCUCCUCCCAACCAACUACCCUCUGUUCUGAUCGACAGCGAACAGAAAACAAUGAGGAAGAAGGCACCGGUGGAGGAAGGGGAAGAAGAAGAAGAAAUGGCGCAUUCCCUCUUAGAUCUCUACAGAAGCCCAAGCAUUGAAAUCCCAAUUCCUCACAUGCCCCUCCUACUUCUUCUCGUGUUCACCACUCUGCCCUCCUCCGCCGAUGAGCCCGUCACUCCAAUACGGCGACCAACGCUCAAGCAGACAACGAUGGCAACGACCAAUUGGGUCCAGCAAAGAAGCCCAAGCUACCCGAUUCCAAUUUCUUGGAUUUUGGCCCAUCCGACUCUGAUGACGAUUCCUCCUCAGCCGCUAAUCACAAGAAGAGGAAAUUAAUUCCAUACCUUCCAGAUCUGGAAUCCGGUCACCCAAAAGGUCUGCUACUCUCCUUGCCCAAUCUGCCUUUUCCCCCAACUCAUUCGGUCUUUUUAGAAUUCCUUAGUUCGACUCUCCCUCAUUGUCAUGCCCGACGGUGCCGCAUCCUUCAUGCCUGACGGUCAGAGGCUAUGGAGAUGAGCGGUGGGGAUUCUCUUGGAUGAUUGAGCUUACGUUUCGGCUGCUGGAUUGACGGAUCUCUGAGGCGGUUCCGGGGAAACUUUGAUUGCUAGAGAUUCCUCGUCGUUGAAGCUGCUAGUUAUGGUUUGAGUGGAGAAGGAGAAAGAGAAGCGGCGGUUGGGUAGAGGGAGAAGGAGAAGCUCAAAGAAUUGAGAAGAAAGGGGUGAUCUGCAG